GCACCAAACACCUAGUAAGUGCAAGCGUUGUACUGCUUUACGGGUUGGGCGGCGCGCGGCGCAGGCCUGAGUGUAUCGACCGCUCUCGGCUCCGGGCUUCAUUCCACUAGUAGUCAUGCGCGAGACAUUACCCUACUGUGCCAUCGACCGUGUGUACUGGGAGUGACGAUGGACCAAAGGAUCUAGGACCUAGUACCAGGCAAAAUGUUGUCCAGAUUAGACAGCCAACGGCCAUAGUGAAAUGACAAUACAUAUAAUAAAGUGCGGGGAGCGCUCAUGAGACAGUCGUGCCAUCGUCUGCUCGAACACCAGCAGGCAGGCGAGGAGGAGCCGCCGCUUUAUUCGCCCAUUGACCGAAUUUCAGUGGUACCAGACCAUGUGGCCCGGGAGGCUGACACCAAGCUGACCAGAUAUGCGACGACGGAGGAGGACGAGGCCACUCUGAGGGAGCUACUACUUAGCCUACAACGACAGGUCAGCGUGAUGAGCAUGAACCUCUCGCAAAAGCUGGACGACCUGCAGCGAGGCGACCGCCAGCUGGAGACGACGGUGGCCCUCUGCGAGAUCCGCACCCAGCUGCAGGAGCUCACCAAGAGCGUGGAGUCAUGCCAGAGCGAGGUGUCCGAGGUGAAACGUGACAUGGUCGCCAUCAAGCAAGAGCUGGACACCGUGCAGCAGGUCAAGGAGGAGAUCGAGGAGCUGCGCGAGUACGUCGACCGGCUGGAGGAACACUCGCAGAGGCGGAAGCUGCGGCUGCUGGAACAGCCUUCGAACAAGUCCAUGGAAACAGAGAAAACGAAACGUCUAAAAGGUUUGACUUUCUUCCUCUCCUACGCCAUCUUGGCCGCUGUGCUUGGCAUGCUUCAGUUCGGAUACAACACUGGCGUCAUCAACGCUCCCGGCAGGAAUAUCGAAAACUUCAUGAAAGACGUCUACAAAGACCGCUACGGUAGAGACAUCACCGAGGAGACGGUCAAGCGGCUUUACUCCAUCGCGGUCAGCAUCUUCGCUAUCGGCGGCAUGCUAGGCGGGUUCUCGGGCGGCAUGAUCGCGAACCGCUUCGGAAGGAAGGGCGGCCUGCUCCUCAACAACAUCCUGGGCAUCAGCGGCGCCAGUCUCAUGGGCUUCACCAAGAUCUCCCACUGCUACGAGAUGCUGUUCUUCGGGCGGUUCAUCAUCGGAGUCAACUGUGGACUAAACACUUCCCUUGUGCCAAUGUACAUCUCCGAGAUUGCUCCCCUGAACCUGCGAGGUGGCCUCGGCACCGUGAACCAGCUGGCUGUGACCGUCGGCCUGCUGCUGUCACAGGUGCUGGGCAUCGAGCAGAUCCUUGGCACCGACGACGGCUGGCCUAUCCUCCUUGGUCUGGCAAUCUGCCCCGCCAUCCUGCAACUGCUGCUGCUGCCGGCGUGCCCCGAGUCGCCGAGAUACCUGCUCAUCACGAGGCAGUGGGAGGAGGAGGCCCGCCGCGCCCUCAGGCGGUUGCGGGCCAGCAACCAGGUAGAAGAAGACAUCGAAGAGAUGAGGGCGGAAGAGCGGGCGCAGCAGGCGGAGGCUUCCAUCUCCAUGCGGGAGCUGCUGUGUUCCCCAACUCUUCGGGCGCCCCUGCUCAUUGGCGUGGUGAUGCAGCUGUCCCAGCAGCUGAGCGGUAUCAACGCGGUAUUUUACUACUCAACAUCGCUGUUCACAUCCUCGGGACUCACGGAGGAGGCUGCCAAGUUCGCCACCAUGGGCAUCGGCGCCAUCAUGGUCGGCAUGACCCUUGUAUCACUGCCACUUAUGGAUCGCACUGGACGGAGGACCCUUCACCUGUACGGGCUCGGCGGCAUGUUCAUCUUUUCAAUCUUCAUUACAAUUUCAUUUUUAAUAAAGGAAAUGAUUGACUGGAUGAGUUACCUGUCCGUCGUGUCCACGCUGAGUUUCGUGGUGUUCUUCGCCGUGGGCCCGGGGUCGAUACCGUGGCUGAUCACGGCGGAGCUGUUCUCGCAGGGGCCGCGGCCGAGCGCCAUGGCCAUCGCUGUGCUGGUUAACUGGAUGGCCAACUUUGUCGUCGGCAUCGGUUUCCCUAGCAUGAAGGCGCUACUGGAAAACUAUACAUUCCUGCCUUUUAGUGUAUUCCUUGCAAUUUUUUGGAUAUUUACGUAUAAAAAAGUUCCUGAGACGAAAAAUAAGACGUUCGAAGAAAUUUUGGCACUCUUUAGAAACUCCAACGGGAGGGACAGUUUCCGCGACAGCCGGCUGUACGGCAGCAUGAUGAACUGCGUGAACGCGCUGGAGCAGCAGCUGCCGCCGCCGCCGCCGGCGCCCGUCGACGAGAAACACGACUCACUAUCAGAGCAAUCGUCGGGUGCGGGCGACGCGGGCCGCCCGCCUCCGCCCCUCCCGCCGCCCCGUUUCCCGGCCACGGGCAACGUCUGACAAUGGGAUCCCCCUGCGCGCGCGCCGCUCGUCGCUCCCAUAAAGGCCGCAGCCAACUUCUUGUUUCAUGGACUGAGGCGCAAUGCAGCCCGUGCCCCUAUCACCACACAACAAAUGUUCUAAA